CGGGGCUCGACGGCUAUAAAUAGUGUGCCCCGGGCGGAGGGCGGGUGACCGGUGUAGAGUUGCCUGACCGCAGCGUGCCCGAGGGUACUGGUUUGUCUCGGCGAUGUCUGAACCAGCUCAGCAACCUGCUCCCGGGGCCCCCGAAGGGGCGGCCCCCGGUGGCGGCCCCCCCGGGCCACCUCCCAACCUGACCAGUAACCGGCGGAUGCAGCAGACGCAGGCCCAGGUGGAGGAGGUGGUUGAUAUAAUGCGUGUAAACUUAGACAAGGUGCUGGAAAGAGAUCAGAAACUGUCAGAGCUAGAUGACCGGGCAGAUGCACUUCAAGCUGGUGCCUCACAAUUUGAAAGUAGUGCAGCAAAACUCAAAAGGAAGUACUGGUGGAAGAACUGCAAGAUGAUGAUCAUGAUGGGAGUGAUUUGUGCCAUUGUGGUGGUGGUGAUUGUAAGUAAGUACCAAAAGCCCAGGAUCAAAGGUGAAGAAACAUAGAGCACUCUAAACUCUACUUUUUUGGUUUGAGAUCUGGAGGGUCUUGUUUGCAUAAGUGUUAACUUGAGUUCUUUGGGAAGGGAGGUGGUGGUGCUGGAACUCCCACACUUACUAUGGAAAUGGCAUGCUUUAUAUAGUAACAGAAGGAAUUGGGGGUGGCCAUCACUGUAGAAAUGGGAAAUUCUGCCAGGUAAAUCUGUAAGUAUAAGGGGCAUUUACCUUGGAGUGGGUGGGUUGGCAAGUCCCUUCCCUGGUGGGAGAUUUAGCAAUUUCUGGGGGAACCUUUGGUGUAACUUGCCCUUUUGUUCUUUCCUUUUUUUUUUCCUAUUGCUUUGUCUUCAGUUUACUUUUUUACUUGAAUGUGGCUCCUUCAGUCUGCAGCCUACUAUCCCCUGUCGCCUUGCCUGUCUCUUCUUGCCCCCGAAUCUUUCCUUCCCUUCCCUUACACCUAGCUUCUUCAUUGAUUUCUUUAUUGGUUUUAAUUUGUCUUCUGUAUAGGACUCUGAAGCGCUCUACUACAUGGUUAGACUCUUCAACAGCUGCUGUAGCUUUAGGGAAGGUCCUCUUGAGUUUAGAGGAGAGGGAAGUAGAGGAGGAGUGGGUUUGCUAAUGCUCCUGCUCUUCUGCAGGGAAUUUUUGUGCUUUAUUUUUGGAUAUGAGCUUGUCAAAUAGUGCCUGUGUGGACUCUAGCAAAAUAAGAAUGCCUUAAUGCAGUGCCUUUGGAGAUGAAGGACUUCAGCGUGGGAGAUUCUUUAGUAUUCUUCCUGAAGAGUGGCAGCAUGACCUAAGUUUUUCAUUGAGCUUCUGAAAUAAAGGCUCGUUUGUGUUGGUCAGUGACUGAGCUAGAUAUAGUCAUCUAGAUUUCUCUAGCCAUGGAGAGAUGAGCACUUAAGCAAUUUAGUCUGCCUGUCCUUACUUUCAGAUGGCUUGCUGUCUGAAUGUGGCCAUUUCAGUUAUUAUAAAGGAGAGCCUACAUGAUUACCUCAGUCAAGUGCAACCGACUAAACACAGUUAAGUGAAAGGAGUUUGUUACUAUCUAGAAGGCGUGAGUGGGAGUACAGUCUCCUGCCAGAAGGAACAAGAGAACCACAAGAAGGACUCUGGUGCAGGAUAUCAAAUAUUCCUUUCAUCUAUGCAGACACAAUCCAGGACCCUGUGGCUUUCUGGUAUCUUGUAGCUUUCUGGAAGACUUAGGGAUAGUGGCAGAGUGGGAGAAGAAAUGGGUGUUUGGCUUUUGUGUUACUGGGUUGAAUGACAAAGGAAAUCCACUGCAUAGUAGAUGGAGGUGAAGGAGACUAGAGGUGUUCCAGAUGAGACUGUACGAGCCACAGAGCUUUCUGGUUAUGAAUACCUGUUCUGUUCCUGCUGCGACAAAGUCGUAACUUUCAGCAGGAGUUGGAAAAUACUUGGAAUGGUUAGGUAGGAAUUCAAAGGGAAAUGCUGCUCUAGCCAUGAGUAUUUUUAAAGUAACAUCAGAUGUCCCAAUUUGGCAGCUUAAUUCCUAGAGAUCUUGCCUGUUAAACUGAAGUCCUCCUACUUGGUACGGGUUUUCUUGAAUUUAGAUCCAAGAUGGUCUCUGCUGGAAGUGAACUUGCAGCAUGGAAUGCUGUCGCUUUCUGUAAGCGAUCCCCUUGCUCUCCUCUUUCAAAAACAACAAGAGCUGCAGGUUGCUUGAAUGUGUCAAACCCGGGGUUAAAUGAGCUGCCCUGUUCCUCAGUUUCUGCAGAAUCUUCUGUGGAACAUGCAUCUAUGCAUCUUGUUUUUUUGUUGUGGGUUGGUUUUUUU